UUCCGCGCGGUCAAACGAAGCGAGAGAAAAAAAAAUUUCUUAAAAACAAAACAAAAAAAAAAAAAUCCUCGAGACACCGAGCGAGUGAGCGAGCGGCGGCGAGGCGGCCACCGACGACGACCGCCGGAGCCGGAGCCCGGCGGAGAUGGAGAUGGAGUCCAAGUACGCGGCGCUGCGGCGCGCGGCGGAGGAGGCGGCGGCGGUGGACGCGCACGCGCACAACCUCGUCGCCGACGGCUCCGCGUUCCCCUUCCUCCGCUGCUUCUCCGAGGCCGACGCCGCCGACGCCCUCGCCCUCGCUCCCCACACCCUCUCCUUCAAGAGAAGCCUGAGGGACAUCGCUGCAUUGUACAACUGUGAAGCUUCACUUGAGAAGGUGGAGGAGUUCAGAAGGGCUGAAGGGUUGUCGUCUAUAAGCUCAAAGUGCUUCAAGGCUGCCAACUUAUCUGCAAUUCUUAUAGAUGAUGGCAUAGACUUUGACAAGAUGCUUGAACUGGAGGCACACAAGGCGUUUGCUCCUACAGUUGGCAGAAUUCUGAGGAUUGAAAAGCUGGCAGAAACAAUUAUUAAUGAUGAAUCAUUCAGCGCAUCAAGCUGGACACUUGACUCUUUUACUGAAAUUUUUGUCACUAAGCUGAAAUCAGUUGCCAACAAAAUUGUUGGAUUGAAAAGUAUAGCUGCAUAUAGAAGUGGCUUAGAGAUUGAUCCAAAUAUUAGCAAGACAGAUGCAGAGGAUGGACUACGUAAGGAGUUAUCAGGUCAGAGGCCUCUUCGGAUUACAAAUAAGAACCUGAUUGACUAUCUAUUUACUUGCAGUCUUGAAAUUGCUGUAUCAUAUCACCUGCCAAUGCAGAUUCACACAGGAUUUGGAGAUAAGGACCUGGACUUGCGAAAGUGCAACCCUCUCCAUCUGCGUGCUGUUCUUGAGGACACAAGAUUCUCUAAGUGCCAAAUUGUUCUUUUACAUGCCUCUUAUCCAUUUUCAAAGGAAGCAUCAUAUCUAGCAUCAGUGUACUCCCAGGUAUACCUUGAUUUUGGCUUGGCAAUUCCAAAACUUAGUGUUCAAGGAAUGACAUCAUCAAUUAAAGAGCUCCUUGAGCUAGCUCCCAUAAAGAAGGUCAUGUUCAGCACAGAUGGUUAUGCUUUUCCAGAGACAUAUUACCUAGGUGCAAGGAGGGCACGUGAUGUUGUUUAUCGUGUACUCUCAGCUGCAUGUGAAGAUGGUGACCUUAGCAUUCAAGAAGCUAUUGAAGCAGUUGAGGACAUAUUUAGACGAAAUGCAUUGUAUCUAUACAAGUUGAAUGUUGCCAACGGGUCAGUCGGUCAGAUAACAGCAAUAGCUGACAACGGCAUACCAUUAUCUGAACAAGAUGUGCUCUUUGUUCGAGUCGUCUGGAUUGAUACUUCAGGUCAACAUAGGUGCCGCGUUGUGCCAGCCGGAAGAUUUUAUGAAAUUGCUAGGAAAAAGGGUAUUGGUCUGACUUUUGCAUCGAUGGGAAUGACUUCAUUUACUGAUGGCCCAGCAGAUGGAACAAACCUUACUGGUGUAGGAGAGAUCAGGCUUAUGCCGGAUAUGUCAACACUAUUGAGGCUUCCAUGGUCAAGACGCGAAGAAAUGGUAAUGGCUGAAAUGCAUAUAAGGCCUGGGGAAGCCUGGGAAUACUGUCCCAGAAAUACCUUGAGAAAAGUCACAAAAGUUCUGCUAGAUGAGUUUAAUGUGACAAUGAUGGCAGGUUUUGAGAAUGAAUUUUUCCUACGUAAAAAAGUAGUAAGUGGUGAAAAGGAGCUGUGGGUCCCAUUUGACAAUACCCCCUACUGCUCAACUACAGCAUUCGAUGGUGCAUCAUCUGUGUUGCAAGAAGUAUAUACUUCUCUUAAAGCGGCGGAAAUUGUGGUUGAGCAGCUGCAUGCUGAAUCUGGAAAAGGGCAGUUUGAGAUAGCCUUGAAGUAUGUGUUGUGCACUCUUGCUGCUGACAAACUGAUAUAUGCCCGUGAGAUUAUUAAAUCAGUUGCUCGAAAGCAUGGGCUACUUGCAACUUUUCUUCCAAAACCUGACUUGAAUGAUAUUGGAUCCGGUUCUCAUGUGCAUCUGAGUUUAUGGGAAUUCGAUCAGAAUGUGUUCAUGGGAUCAAGUGAAUAUAAUUACUAUGGAAUGUCAAGAAUCGGAGAAAGCUUCCUUGCUGGAGUAUAUCUCCAUCUUCCAUCAAUCUUGGCAUUCACUGCUCCUCACCCAAACAGCUACAACCGAAUUCAGCCAAACACAUGGAGUGGUGCAUAUCAGUGCUGGGGGAAGGAGAACAGGGAGGCUCCACUGAGAACUGCAUGCCCACCUGGGAUACCUCUUGAUCUCGUCAGCAACUUCGAAAUUAAAUCCUUCGAUGCGUGCGCAAACCCGCACUUGGGCCUUGCUGCUAUAGUUGCUGCUGGGAUUGAUGGACUCAGGAGAAGCCUUACGUUGCCUGAACCAACUGAAUCAAACCCUGCAGGUUAUGCCUCCAACUCCAAGCUCAAAAGGAUGCCGAAGGACUUGAUGGAAUCUGUCGAAGCACUAGCUGCAGACAAAAUCAUGCAUGAAUUGAUCGGCGAUAAACUUGUCACUGCCGUUAUUGCUGUACGAAAGGCUGAGAUCGAUCACUACGAGAAGAACCCUGCAGCAUUCGCCGAUCUCAUUCACCGUUACUAGGGUGAAACACUAGUUAGUUCCACGGAGCAAAGAGGAUUACGAGUGAAUUACUACGACCCACGAAAUUGCUUAUUCUCGCGUCCUUUUCCGCUGUACUUGCAGUUGCAGUAAUUUUUUUUUGAUUGAAUAACUGGUUUUAGAUUUCCAAAAAAAGGGCACUUGGCAAACUCAUCCUUCUAGAGAAAAUAAAGCAAUUCACCAAUCA